AAUGGCCAAAUUACUGUGGACCUGCAGAGAAGUAGCUCGCCAAAAUCGCCAAACUGAAGAUCAGGUUUUUUUUCUUUCACAUCUUCAUUUUGCAUCUAUUUUGCAAAAGAUCUCCAUCCAUGCGUGCACGCCGUUGUUUUAAUUUGAAGUUCUACCUUCCGGUCUUCUUCUCGCAAACAGCUGGACGCAGCUGUCUGCGCGCACCCCUCCAUCCAGCCAAGACGCGCGUCUCCUCUUCGGUCACAGCUGCCCAGGGGAUUGAAGACGCCGAUCGGAGCGGUGGAGACACUUCAGCGUACUUUCCGAACUUGUUUGGCUUCCGUCUGCUUUAUUACCCCCCGCUGACAACAGUCACAAUUGCCCUCCAGCGCGGCUCGACGAGUUUUCUGGCGUCCUUUGGUCCACGUACGGCCCGGAGGAAGUGGUCCGUGGUCUUUGCGGUGACCGCCGUCGCCAUGGUCCUGCUGGCUUUGACCAUCGCCGUCCCGCUGCUGCUCCUCCGCUCCCCGGAAACCUCCGCUCACUACUACGAGAUGAUGGGCACCUGCCGCAUGGUUUGUGACCCGUACACCCCCAAACCGGGGGGAGCCACCGCCAUGGAGGUGAGCCAGAACGUGAACGGGGUCGCUCCGCUGCCGCCCAUGGCACAAGGGACGCGCGGCGAGCCGGGUCGACCGGGUAAGCCUGGACCUAGAGGUCCUCCGGGAGAACCUGGACCCCCCGGACCGAGGGGACCACCGGGAGAGAGAGGGGACAAUAAACUGGCUUUCACCACCUUAGCGGGAGCCGCGGGGGGUGACACCGGCGAGGGAGACGGAGCGAACUCCACGGUGAGCGGCUACAGGAUCGCCUUUUACGUGGGUCUUAAAAACCCACAUGAGGGAUAUGAGGUGCUGAAGUUUGACGACGUGAUCACAAACUUGGGGAACCACUAUGACCCGAGCACCGGGAAGUUCACCUGCCAUGUGUCCGGGAUCUACUUCUUCACCUACCAUGUGCUGAUGCGCGGAGGGGAUGGCACCAGCAUGUGGGCCGACCUGUGCAAAAACGGACAGGUUCGGGCCAGCGCCAUAGCUCAAGAUGCAGACCAGAACUAUGACUACGCCAGUAACAGUGCUGUGCUACACUUGGACUCUGGAGAUGAGGUUUAUGUCAAGUUAGAUGGAGGAAAAGCUCAUGGGGGCAAUAACAACAAGUACAGUACCUUCUCUGGCUUCAUCUUAUACCCCGAUUAAACCCUCCACAGCAGGCGCUUUGGACUGAAACGUGUCUCAACUAAAGGUUAACUAUGUUUUUCUUCUUUUGCACACCUGUUCAAGUUUACAGACUUAUCUGAACCUAUAUGCUGUAAAAUCUAAUGAAAGGUUUUUGUAUAUGAUCCAUAUUUAUUUGAACUGAAGUUUAAAUACAGAUUGAGAUAAAACUGAGAUUGAUAUCCGAGUGUGAGAAAACACGUGUUCCAGAUGAUUUACAGCAUGCCAUAAAUAACCUAGGAGAAAAUGUUCCUGUUUUAUCUUCUUACAACCAUUUGAGAACAAUAACAACAGUCCUUAAAGGUUAUUGCUAUUUCUUUGGUUGUUUAUAAGGCACGUUGUGAAAUAAAAGCAAUAUUUCAAAGGAAACGCAACAGUAUACAAGUACCUGUUUGAAACACUGCAAACUUACAUUUUUAGGCAAAAUCAAAGUUUCAGUGAGAUGAUCAAUUGACCAAUUAACUAUGUGUGCUGAUAUUUAACACUGCUCACUUUUUAAAGUUUAGACAAGACAGCAGAAGUCUCCAGCAAAUAAUUUGUUUUCCUUGUGAAAUGUGUUUUUUAUAUCAUAGGCACUUCAAAACCUUUAAAAAUAUAUUUUUAGUACAGGGUUAAUUUAGCUAAUUUUAUAGGCAUAAUAUAUUUUGUUAUGUUAGUAUCAUCAGCAAGCUAAAAAUAUUGAUAAGUCACACUCCUGUUUCUUGUUUUUAAUUUCUUGAUGAGAUUUCUCUAAAGUUGUUAGUAAUGGGCAUUUUAAAAUGGAAUUUAAAGCUUAGUUACACAUAUUUGAUCGUUUGUAGAGGAUAAAAAGAAAGCAUAACUGAACAGAUUUGAUUUACCUCAAAGUUUUUUGCUUGUAUGCUAGUUAUCUGUCAUAAAUUACAAUAGCAUAUGUGCUAACAGCAUAGCUUUCUCAAACUUGUUUUAUUUUUUUAUUUGAUGAAAUUAGUCUCAUUUUGCUCUGUGAAAUUUCUUUGAAGAAGAGGCAUUUAUUUCCCAAUUGUUAUGCUAACAGCUAGCUUGUUGGCUAAAGACCAUAGAAUAGAUGCAAGAUUAAGGACCAAGUUGUUUGUUUGCUUGUUUUUUUUUUUUAAAGGAAUCUUCCAACACCGAGUUUUCUCUCGUAUGCUUUUUUUACAUUUUAUGUAUCUUUUGUUGGACAAUUUAUUCAUACAGAAAGAACAUAAAAAAUAGGCUUCAUUUAUUUGUAGUGCAUCAAGCAGUUUUAUCUAUUUUGUUUCCCUCUUAAGAGCAAUUACUUCAAGCUUUAACGUCUGUUUUAUAAUAAUCUGUUUUAUAAUAAUCAUAAACAAAAUCAGACUUAUCUAAUCAAAAAUAAAAAGAGAGAGCUAUAAUGACUGAGCAAUGCUAGCAUGUUUAACGUGUUUAUAAUGAUACCAUAUUAGCCGUUAGCUUCCUAGCUAAAUUAAUGCUGUUUCUAACAUGUUUUUCUGCUAAGCUUUAAGAGCCUGUUACAGUUGUAAAAACACAUUUCACACGUACAACAAAUGUUUUGGUUUCUUGUUGAUGUCGUUGAGCCAGAAUUGAUUAUUUCUGUUUUUGCGCUGAAAGCAA